UCACAGGAGGCUAAGCGUCAUCAAACGGGCCGGCCCUGGCCUCGGAGCCUGAGGCUCAAGGCGGGUCCGUGGCUUUCAGAAGCCCUUCCUGACCCUUGACCUCUGCCCCAAGUGGCCCUUGCCCCGCUUGCAGGUGGCCUAGGGCUCUGAAAGCCCUGGUCCUGGCUGGGCAGGUGCAGGGUCUGGGGCAGGACAAGUUUGGGCCCACAUUUGGCAGCCAGGCCCUGGGUACGGAGGCCUAGGGGUCCGGGCUCGGGCUGAGCAAGCAGCAGUGUCCGGGCUAACGUAACGCCAGGGCAGGACGGGCUGGGGGCAAAUGGGAUGGGAAGCCAGGCAGCCCGGGCAGGGGCUGGGCAGGGUGUUGCUGACCGGAAGCCGAGGGAACCGGCUGAGGGGGCUGGAGCGCCAAUGUGGGGGACGCCGGCUCUUUCCCGGACAGCUCUGUGGUCAUGGACGUGUUCCAGAAGGUUGAGAAGAUCGGAGAGGGCACCUACGGGGUGGUGUACAAGGCCCAGAACAAGGAGACGGGCCAGCUCGUGGCUCUCAAAAAGAUCAGGCUGGAUCUGGAGACAGAGGGGGUCCCCAGCACGGCCAUCAGGGAGAUCUCACUGCUCAAAGAGCUGAAGCACCCCAACAUUGUCAGACUGCUAGACGUGGUACACAAUGACAAGAAGCUGUAUCUGGUGUUUGAAUUCGUCAGCCAGGACUUGAAGAAGUACAUGGACUCCACACCGGCCUCCAAGCUGCCCACGCACCUCGUCAAGAGCUACCUGUCGCAGCUGCUGCAAGGAGUGAAUUUCUGCCACUCCCACCGGGUCAUCCACCGGGACCUGAAGCCACAGAACUUGCUCAUCAGCGAGCUGGGUGCCAUCAAACUGGCUGACUUUGGCCUGGCCCGGGCCUUCGGCGUGCCCCUGCGCACCUACACCCACGAGGUGGUGACCCUGUGGUACCGUGCCCCCGAGAUCCUCUUGGGCUGCAAGUUCUAUUCCACGGCCGUGGACAUCUGGAGUAUUGGCUGCAUCUUCGCUGAGAUGGUGACUCGCAAAGCUUUGUUCCCUGGGGACUCUGAGAUUGACCAGCUUUUCCGCAUCUUUCGCACCCUGGGGACUCCAAGCGAGGCCAUAUGGCCAGGUGUCACCCAGCUGCCCGACUAUAAAGGCAGCUUCCCCCAGUGGGCCGGGAAGGGGCUGGAAGAGGUCGUCCCCAGCCUGGAGCCUGAGGGCAAGGACCUGCUCACGCAACUCUUGCAGUAUGACCCCAACCAGAGGAUCUCAGCCAAGACUGCCCUGGCCCACCCAUACUUCUCAUCUGCCGAGCCCUCCUCAGCGUCCCGCCAGUGUGUGCCAGGGCGGUUCUACCACUGAGGCUCAGCUCUUAGGGCUCCCAGCAGCCCUGGCUCCCCAUUGCGGGCAGGUACAGAGAGCUCAGGCAUUUGAUGUCAGUCAUGGCAGGCCUGAGUCUAGUUAGACCCCCACCAGCAGGUUCAUGAGUUCCAAAUUGUUUACGAGUUGGACAUGAGCGCCUCAUGACCAGUGAUGGGUGGAAGGGUGGGGAGGGGGGUCUGUCAGUGAUGUAGUCCCCAGUGCCCCAACAGCCAGGUGCCCAUGGCUGGGGACAGAGUCCUCCCCCAUGCCCCUUGACCCUGUGCCAGCCUGAAGCUCAUGCAGAGCCAAGCCUGGGAAAGAGUACCCCCUGCUGGUCUCUCUUUGGAUUUCACAUGUUUGGGGAGCAGGGUUGAGUUCAGAGUUACAAGUUAAACAGAAGGGGGUGAGACAGAAGUCAGGGACAGCACAGCUGCUCUCAGUGGUGUCACCUCACCUAAGAUCCGCCAAUGUUGGUUUGCCCAUCUUGACCCAUGAAUAAAACCU